CCGACGAGGAGGAUGGAAAGUUGGAAACGGCAAUGGCAAACGAACAGUCAGAAUUCAGAACAGACCUUUCGCUAUGGUGCACGAGAGUUGCUGCUGCGCACUAUACUGAAAAGAAAACUUGCCGUGACGAUACAAAACCCCGGCUCAUUAAACCACACCCACACUAACCCUAUAUAAACACACGCAGGUCGCAGCUCAUUCCUCCGUGCCAAGGUGAACGAACGCGACCACGCGCACACCCCUCGCCCUUCCCAUCCGACGACCUCAUCGGAGAUGGUGCGACCCGGCGACGACGACGAGGUGGACCGGAAGCCGGUGAUCAAGCCGGGCGUGCACCUGACGCUCAAGGUGCAGGACACCGCGGGCCGCACGCUGGAGCGCACCGUGCGGCGGACCGAGAAGCUGCAGGCGCUCAUGGACGCCUACUACGCCAGCGUGCCGGCCGUCACCUACGGUACGGGCAGGUUCCUGUACGACGGCGGGCGGCUGGCCGGGUGGCAGACCCCCGCGGAGCUCGAGAUGGAGGACGGCGACGAGAUCGACUUCUUCACCGAGCUGUUGGGCGGCGGCGGACGGGCUCCUGCUUCUGCUGCCGCAGCUGAUGAGCAGCCGGUGCCGGCGUAGAUCUAUCGCUGCGGAUCUGUGCAGGCCGGCCUGGAGCACUGCUCGGUCUGGUGCAGAUGAUUUAAGAGGGGC